GUCACGAGAGCAUGACGGGAUACGCCAUUUUGUACGCACUGUUCACGUUUUCUUGUUUUUGAAGUUUUGGUUAUACUGCGACUCAUUCUACUCUAACAUUGUAUAAGCUAUCUUCAUCAGACCAUGGGAUCUUCCAAAAAACACAAAGAGAAAGAUCGAGAUAGGGAUGAAAAAAAGAGGAGACAUAAAGAUAAAGAACGUGACCGUGACAAAGACAGAGAAGAAAAAAAACACAAACGCAAGAGAGAUAGAUCAAGGUCAAGAGAAAGAGACAGAAAAAAGGAUGAGGACAGAUCAAGAAAAAGGAGGAGGAAAAGUGAGAGUGAGGAGGAUAUUCCAGUCAGAAUCAAGCAGGAAAAAACUGAGGACACAUCAACUUCUAAGGAUGCAGCUGGUGGUGCUGCUGCAGGAAUGUCACUCAGUAUUGAAGAAACCAACAAACUGCGGGUCAAGCUUGGUCUAAAACCUUUAGAAGUUGACGGUGAAAAAAAAGAUGAGUCUGCUGAAGUACCGUAUGACAAAAGAGAAGAUGUACAUAAACCAGCAGUUAAUCUGGCACAGGAAAGGAAGCGAGAGGAAAUAAGACAGAAAAUGGAAAUGAUUAAAGAGAAGAGGAGAAUUAACCAAAAAUUAAAUAAAGUGAAAAGCCUUGCAGAAGAUGAUGAUGAAGAUGAGUUGGAGUGUGCAAUAGCAUGGGUUCAGAAAAGUAGAAAAAUAGAGAAAGAAAAGGAGCUGGCAGCAAAAAGGGCAAAGUUGUUAGAAGAAAUGGAUGAGGAAUUUGGUAUUGGUGAAUUAGUGGACGAUGAAUUUGGUUCAGCUGACAAGAGAAGACAACAGGCGUACACUGCCAAGGAUUUACGAGGACUUAGAGUGGAGCAUUCUAAAGAAUCAUUCAAAGAAGGACGUGAUAUUGUUCUCACGUUAAAAGAUAAAGAUGUGUUAGCGGAAGACGGCGAUGAUAUCUUAACAAAUAUGAAUAUCAUUGACUAUGAAAAAGCUGCCAAGAAUGUUGAAUUGAAGAAAAAAAAGGCUGCAUACAAUCCAUAUGCUGAACCUGAGUUUGAUGAAUAUGGAAUGGUGAAACAAAAAGAGGUUCUUUCCAAGUAUGAUGAAGAGAUAGAAGGCGAAAAGAAAAACAGUUUUAUGCUAGGACGAAGUGGUGGCGCUAGUCUUAAUCCAGAAAUGGAACUUGAAAGAAUACGACAGAAAUUGAGACAAGAUGGGUUUGACACCCUAGAGGUAGCAGCUCCAACAUUAGCCACAGAAUACUACACACAUGAAGAACUUACUGCAUUUAAAAAGCCAAAAAAGAAGAAAAGAAAGUUAAGAAAAUUGAAAGCUGAUGAUCUGAUACCAGAUGAAAUUGAUUUUUCUGCCAGAUUGCAGGGUGCGUCAACUGGCGGACCAGAUUCAAUACCAUUGUUAACUAUGUUACCAGAACCUGAAAUAGAAGUAGAUAAUACAAUACUUGAAGAUGAAGCACAGUUAGAAUUACAAAUGGCAUUAGAAAAAAGUAGAAGAGUGAAACUGAAAAAAGAUAAUGCAAAGGGAGCUGAGAAAGUAGCCGAGGUGGUUAGUGGUACUAGUAUUAAAGAAGAACCAAGUACACUGACUACUACAGCUGCUGCUAUUGGAGGAUCAAUUGUAUUAAAUUCAACUUCAGAAUUCUGUCGACAGUUAGGAGACAUUCCAACUUAUGGUGCUGCAGGAAAUCGAGAAGAGAAUGAGGAGGAAGUGUUGGAUUUUGAUAAAGAAGAUGAGGAAAAACAAACCAUGGAUGAUGAUGAACCAGAGGACUCUCUACAAGGAUGGAGUAGAGUUAAUUUAGAAAAUGAACAAACCGCAAAUUUAAUAGAAGAUGAUGCACCUAUUCUUGAAGAUGAACCACAGAUUGCUCUUGGUAUUGCUGGUGCUUUAAAAAUGGCUGAAAAGAAAGGAUACCUUGAUAAAAAUGAUGAAAAGCAUAGGAGUUCUGCCUCAAGUCACGAUUCAUCAGGCAAAAAUUACACAAUAGAAGAUAAAAAUUAUCGGGAUGAUGAUAAACACAGUCGGCAUGAUAGGAUCUACCGUGGUCCUGUUGUAGACUUCAAAGAAAAAGACAGUUACAAACCUGACGUCAAAGUACACUAUUAUGAUGAAACUGGGCGACAAUUAAAUGCCAAAGAGGCUUUCAGAGUGUUAUCUCAUCGUUUCCAUGGUAAAGGAUCAGGAAAGAUGAAGACUGAAAAGAGAAAUAAAAAAGUACAGGAUGAAUUGAUGAUGAAGCAGAUGAGUUCAACAGAUACACCAUUAAACACUGUUGCUAGGUUACAAGAAAAACAAAAGCUAUUACAGACCCCAUUCUUAGUGUUGAGUGGAGGGGGAAAGACACUGGAGGAGAGUACAAUGAUAAAGAAAUGAUCAAUUGAUGGCACGUCUUGGAUCUCAUCUUUCAUUGAUGACACUUCUUGGAUCUCAUCUUUCAUUGAUGACACAACUUGGAUCUCAUCUUUCAUUGAUGACACUCCUUGGAUCUCAUCUUUCAUUGAUGGCACACCUUGAAUAUCAUCUUUCAUUGAUGAGACACCUUGGAUUUCAUCUUUUAUUGAUGACACGUCUUGGAUCUCAUCUUUCGUUGAUGACACACCUUGGAUCUCAUCUUUCAUUGAUGACACACCUUGGAUCCCAUCUUUCAUUGAUGGCACACCUUGGAUAUCAUCUUUCAUUGAUGGCACUCCUUGGAUAUCAUCUUUCAUUGAUGAAAUACCUUGGAUCUCAUCUUUCAUUGAUGACACACCUUGGAUCUCGUCUUUCAUUGAUGGCACACCUUGGAUAUCAUCUUUCAUUGAUGACAUUACUUGGAUCUCAUCUUUCAUUGGUGGAACAUCUUGGACAUCAUCUUUCAUUGAUGACACACCUUGGAUCUCAUCUUUCAUUGAUGACACACCUUGGAUCUCAUCUUUCAUUGAUGACACACCUUGGAUCUCAUCUUUCAUUGAUGACGCAUCUUGGAUGUCAUCUUUCAUUGAUGACACACCCUGGAUCUCAUCUUUCAUUGAUGACACACCUUGGAUCUCAUCUUUCAUUGACGACACACCUUGGAUCACCAGCCUCAAUGCUGUGCCAGGAGUAAUUCACUUGUCAUCAAAAUCUGUACUGAUGCAGUCACUGCACUGAGAAAUUAUUUUCCUCAUUUAAAUAUUGUGUAAAUAUUUUCCCCAAAGGACUUUUUUUUUUCAAAAAACAGUUUUUAAUUCAGAGUUUGUAAGUAUGGAUUUAUAAGAAGUGCAACUUAUUUUGAUAAUUGCACACUGUCACUUAUGUAUUUUUAAACGCAUAUUUGUUGUAAAUAUAUUGUUCUUUUUUGAAGGGGUGGGUAAACAUGAUUUGUUCAAGAUUUGUCCACGAUUUGUCCAGUUUACUAUUCUCCCAUUAUUGUCAUCUGCUGGAUUCAACUCCGAUUUUUAGAUUAUGUAAGUGGGAAUUCUGAUUACCAGAAAUCUUAAAUCUAUGCAUAUUAGUUAUCUUAAUUUAUUCAUAUAGUUUAUAUUAUUUUUUGUCUAUUUUGACAUCUUCUCAUGAACUUCAGAACUAAAUUGGUUAAUAGCACUGUAGAAAAUGUGGUCGCUUUGUAAAUUUGUUGGUGCAUGUUUUAUUAGUGUUUUAAUUACAAUUAUUUCAACAUACUUCAAAAGAGUAUAUUGUCUCAAAUGUUGAUACAAUUCCAUGAUUGGUUUUUAUCUUUACUUGUAACACAUUCAUUUGAUUGUUGAUUCGUUUCAGUGUUUGAGGGGGCGGUAAGAAAUGAAUGAUAUUGAGUUGCUGACAUAAGUUUGUUUUAUGUACAGUGCUAUCUGCAAUGAAAUAUCACCACACUUCCACAAAGGUGAUACCUGAGAUUCCCCUAGCCAUGGCAAAAUCUAUGGUGCUACGUUGUAGAUAAACUGUGGACUUAUUGUGCAUGCUAUUCUAGUUUAAUCUCAUCAGAUCACAAAUCUAAUCACAUUUAGUACAAGUAGACUACAUACUAUAAUCAGACCUGUAUAUAACGACAACUGAAGGUACAGUCAAACCUGUGUAUAGUGGCCACCCAAGGUAGACAAACUUGUGUAUACCACCUACUCAAGUUAUAGUCAAACCUGUACAGUUACAGUGCUUAAAUGGCCUUUAUUUGGAGUUUGAAAUCAAAUGAAACUACAUGUAUUAUUUUAAAGAGCAAUUUGUCAUUUAAAUAUGGGAAUAACUAAAAAAGUAUUCUUAUUUGUUUUGAUUAAAUUGCCUAAAAAAGUGUUUGCUUACAUACAAUCUUCUUCCAUCAUUUUGGUUUUUAGUUCCCGUUCAGGCGUAGCCUGAAAGGCGACUAUUAUUUCUUUGUUCUGGUUUCCUUCCGUCCUUCCCCCUUUAUGUCUCCAACAUUUUCUUAGAAAUUCUGCAGCAGGAUAUCAAUAAAACCUGGCAGGCUCAUGAAUAAGUCUCUGUUGAAUAUGCACGUAAAUUUUUUUUCCUUAUCUAAAAAUCCUAUGUGGGUGUUUUUCAAGAUUUUCAUCCAAAAUUAUUUCUCCCGACUGCACUGAGAGAACAACUGAGCAUGCUCAGAAUAAAUAAUUAGCUUAGAUUGUAAUGCUCGGGUUUUUAGUGAUGUCAUGACCUCGAUCUGAAUCUGUGACAGAAGGGUCGCACCAAUACAAAUCUCAGUAGAGAAUGUAGAGGGGUGUCAGGGCUACAUUUGGAUUGGAAUUAUAGUGGUGAUACUGAAACAAACCCAGGUCCUGGUAAUAUACAAAGACCUGAAUUAAAAGCAGUAAGUUGUUAUUAAAGGUACAUCAAGGUUUACUCAGAUUUAUGAAUGCAAUUUCUUGAGCAUGUAUGAGACUUAGUUUGGUUGCCCUUGUGUACUUUGAGAUUAGAACCCGGGUCAAUGAAAGUUUUCAAUUAUCAGAUUAAGGGAAAUCGAUGAUAAGUUGUACCCACAUAGAGUACAUAUUAAUUCAAUUGUUUGCAGAUGUUCCAUGUAUUAUUUUAACAUGAGCAUUUUAUAGUUAAAUAAUGGGGACUGUGACAUUCAUCUCUUGGUGUACAAGGGGCUCAUUUAACAAAUCUUGUGUCCAGAGAGUUAUGGUCACUUUAGACAGGCGAGGUUUUUCCCCUCUCCUUCCAUCCCACUUGGAUUCAAAUUAAUAUGUUUAGUGUUAUGAUUGCAAAGUUUGAUAUUUUGCCAAAAGGAAGAAUAAGUUUCAAAUACUUAAAUGGCUGCCAGUUUGUGUGAUACAUGUAUUUUCUUUUCUUGCUCGUACAUAUAUCAUUUACAAUCAGUAUUUAUAUAUCAGUGUAUAACAGUAAUGUCAUUUCUAUUGUGUAUUGAAAAGAAGUAUUGACAAAACAUCUCAAUUAGUUCUGAAUAUGAACUUGAGAUCAAACAUGAUAAUAAAUCGCUAAGACAAAUAAAUGCUUCUGAUUCUUAUGCA